GUGCUAAUUUUAUCUUGAUCAUACUUUCAUAUAAAUAUCUUCAAUGACGAAUGCAUGUCGAAUAGCUGAAAUAAUUUUUGCACAAAAACAAUGGCUGCUAAAUAUUUGACACUUGUUGUGGUGGCCGCGUAUGUGUCUCAAGGUCUCUGCGUCACCGAAAUCACUCUACCAGAUGAGUCAAGCACGUUCAUCACCAACCCAAUGAUCGCCAAGACUAUCAGCAUACCCAAGUUCUUCUUUGACACCCUCGAAGCCUGCUACGUCAUCAUGGCAAACGGAAUAAUGCACGAAUUCUUUCCUACCAUCAAUUUCGAAGAAGAUCCAAUAUUCGUACUAAAAUCAGUUGAACCUUUUAACUCAUGCGCACUAGCAUUUCUCAAUGCGCCUGUUUCCUUCAGUGGAACCUAUGAGCUCCUAUCUCUUGUGAGACACAGUGCUGAUAACAGCCAGAGUUUGACCAGACAGAAGUUUCACCUCACUUUUAUUGAAAGCGAAGUUGUGUUUCCGACGAAAGAUGGCGCUGAUAAGGUUUAGCUUUGAUUUCAUUUUUUUUUUUUUUAUUAAUACCUAUUCUAAUUCUAUUUUUAAAAAACCUGUUUCACUAUCAUUUUACAUAGUUAUUCUAUUUCUGAGAUAAUCUAUAAUUUAAACAUACAUGUGAAAAUAGUAAGCAACUGUUUUGGUAGAAAGCGGAAGAUGUUUGUCUUACAACACAUACAUGUCAAUCAUUCGAUUAAUGGAUGCAAUUAUAAUUUGGAACCUUGAAUAAGAGAAUACAAUAUUAGUAUGUAGAUUUCAACAGCUUAAAAUAAAAAACAAGAAUUACAGUAGCAAACUAUCAAAGAGAAUUUUUUAAUUUAAACGAGGUCAAAGGUAAAGCAAGUUAAACAUACUCUUCAAUAUUAGAGAAAUCCAUAUUUUUAAUUGUAACAAAUCAAAUACUGCAUUGACCAUUGGAAAUUUGGUGAAAUUAUGCGCUUACAUAAAAAGAUGAUUAUUGUUUUUUGAUUCAAAAUUACUUAAGGUUACUUUACGGUUCUUUGGAAAAGGAGUUGGUAAUAUUGACAGUAACAAUUCGUUUUCAUAUGUAUCAACAUAAAGAUAUGAAAUUAUCUCCAGUCACAAGGAGCUCCGGCCAAGUUCACCAAGUUUAAGAGACGGUCUGCACCAACUUAACAGUUCCUAACUGAGUUACAAACUGUUCUGGUAAAGUUAUAUCGAUACGUUGUCCCUAACGAAGAUAUUUAAUUAGCAGGAAAUUAAUAAACUUUCAGUGUUACGAUGUUCUUUUAAAUCUUUUAAUAAAAGGAUAAAAAAUAA